AUGCCACGGUUUUUAUGUCUUCCAGGAUACUUCCAGAGCGGCAAGGUGUUUGCUGAGAAGUCGUCUGGAUUCCGCAAAACGCUUACCAAGAAAUUGGGCUACGAGUUGGAGUACCUUGAUGCUCCCAUUAGGAUCGAGAAGAAAGAGGACCUUCCUUUUCUGCUUGGAAUCAAUGAAAAGGAGGCAAACGAGAAGUGGGAGUACUUGGUGAAAAAGAACGUCAACAGGUGCUGGUUUGACUACCACGACGGCAUUUACGACAGGUUCCAGGAAGCGUACGACUUCUUGAUUGACCAUAUCAGGAAGAAUGGACCUUAUGACGGUAUCGUGGGUUUCUCCCAGGGCGCCUCCAUGGCUGCUAUUAUAGCCAAUUCUAUCCAUCUUCAUCCAGACUUGCCGCCGUUUAAAGUGGCGGUGCUUUUCUCGGGUUUUGCAUUCACUGUUUCUGGUUCAGACGCCAAAUCAGAUAAUGAACUGCUUGAGGAGUUUGCUGCUCGUCUGUGGGUGAAUAAGGAUUAUGAAAAGUACUAUCAGCUUCCAAAGAGCUCGGGAACGACGAUUAUCACCGUUUACGGCUCGGAAGAUGGCGUGGUGCCGCCAUUGAGGACCCAGUACUUGACUUCGUUGUAUGGUGAGGGGGCCACGCUGUUUGAACAUGACGGAGGGCACUAUCUUCCGAAUAAAAGGGAAAUUUUGGAUCCCAUUGUAGAGAAGAUCAGAGGCGCCGUGGAAUUGAAGGCUUCUCUAUAA